UCGGAAAGAUCUUGAGACUAAGACAUUUGCUCACUUCAAAUGUUUGAAGAAAAUUAUUGAAAGCAAUCCUGAUGUUCAAGUUGAAACUGAAGAUUAUUUAUGUAAAUUAUCUGGUCUUGCUGAAGAAAUCAAUGGCAGAUUUAAUGAUUUGAGAAUGCUCAAGCCUUCAUUUUCAUUCUUGGAAAACCCAUUUGGUGUUGAUGAUGUGGACGACGGCUGUCCUGUUUCAUCACCAAUUACAAAUGAUACAGCAGCUGUAGAGUUGGAGAUACUAGAAUUACAAGAGGAUGAAGGGCUGAAAGGACUAAAACGAAGUGGCAUUUCAGCUAUAGAUUUUUGGAAGAAAGUUCCAGAAGAAAAAUACCCUCUAACAAAAUUGUGUGCAAAGAGACUAAUCUCAAUAUUUGGCACUACAUAUGUGUGUGAAUCACUGUACUCAACACUUAAGUUCAUUAAAUCUAAAUAUCGAUCUGAACUAACUGAUGAACACUUGAGUGAACUCGUGCGAACUGCGCUUACCAAUUAUAAACCAAACUUCAAACAACUCACAGCUAAAAUGAACACUCGUAAAAGCAAUUGAACAUUAAGUUAACAUUGAAUGUUAUAAAUAAGUAGAGUACAAUAAAUGUUUCUUCUUUUAAAAUUAAAAAGUGUCUUUAACUUAUUAACCAUAAAUUCAUCUCCAAACAAUGUGGC